AUGUCGUUGUCCCGGCUAACAGCAGCAGCAGCAAAGAUGGAGGAGCAGAAAAACGAGAUGGAAGAAGAGGAUUUUUUUGACUGCGAGGAAACUUUGGAAGUUUUACAGAAACUGAAACUGAGCACAAAAGAGGAGAGGAGAGAGGAGAGGAGGGAGGAGGAGCCCCAAACACUGAUCAGUCACAGACUCAAACCCAGCCUGCAAGAGGAAGGAAAUGACUUGAGGCCCACCGGAGGAGACGAGGGAAGGACACCGGAACAUACAGUGGGGGCAAGGCCUUUGAAUAAUUUGGAGGAGGGGGAGGGGCCAGUGGAGGAAGAGGCGGAGUUUCCCUCAGAGCCUGUACAGGUCGAUGAAGAAUAUCUGCUGGAGCUCGAGAAAGAGCUGAGUGAUGAGGAGCGAGAGAGCCGUCGACAGUUGAGUCUCAGCCUUAAAGACAAAGGAAACCAGCUGUUCAAGAACCAGGACUGGGCGAGUGCAGAGUGUGUUUACUCCGAUGCUCUGUCUGCUUGUCCUCUGAGCUUCAGCGCCGACAGAGCAGUUCUAUUUUCCAACAGAGCGGCUGCCAGAGUGCACCUGGAAAAAAAAGACAUGGCCAUUGCUGACUGCUCCAAAGCCGUGGAGCUCAAGCCAGACUACAUGAAGGCUCUUCUGCGUCGCGCUGAACUCUACGAACAAACAGACAAACUGGACGAAGCUCUAGAGGACUACAAGAACAUCCUGGAGAGAGACCCAGGGAACGGAGCAGCCAGAGGGGCCGCUGUGAGACUUCCGCCUCUGAUCCACGAGAGAAAUGAGAAACUCAAAGAGGAAAUGAUGAGUAAACUGAAGGACUUGGGGAACCUGGUUCUUCGUCCCUUUGGUCUCUCAACUAGUAACUUCCAGCUGAACCAGGACCAGAGCACCGGCGCUUAUAACAUCAACUUUGUACAGAACCCCAACAACAACAACAGAUGA